AUGCCAAACUUGAACACCGCCCUCGGCGCGCUCGCCGUCGCCGGUUUCGCCGCCGUCGCCUCGGCCGAGUGCACGCGCGAAGCCCUCUUCGCCGCCGCCGAGACCUACAUCGAAGCCCAAAUUGCCGGCUCCGUCGACGGCCUCACCCUCGCCGCCGACUUCUCCUACGUCGAGAACAACAAGGACGCCGACGUGGCCACGGGUCUCCUCGGCAAGGCUCUCGCCCUCGACUACAACCGCACGACGGUGGACACGACCCAGUGCGCCAGCUUCACGCACCUCAUCUCCACCGCGGGCCCGUACGUGAUCGCGACGCAAAUCUGGCACGCGGACGGCGACGACGCCGGCACCAUUUCCAAAAUCGACACCAUCGCCGCCACGACGGGCGACCUCUUCUUCAACGCCGCCACCACGCUCGGCUUCGUCGAGACCCACGACUGGAGCGAGCUCGCCGAGGAGGACCGCGUGGGGCGCGAGGAGCUCAAGGCGUUUGGCGACCUCUACCUCGACAUGUGGACGGACGCGGACGCCGCGGACAAGAUCAAGUGGGGCGCCGAGUGCGAGCGGGUGGAAGGGUCGAUGCACGAGAACGGGAUGCGCCGGUACGUGAUUGACGAGGUGCUCGGGUCGGUCGAUGUCUUGUGCCAGUUUGAUUCCUUGGGCCCGUGGCCGGAUAGCCAUGAGAUUCGGGUCAAGGGCGGGGCUGUCCGGUAUGUGUAUACCGUGACUGUAAUGUAG